GCGGCAUCUGAAAGCGCCCAUGUACACAGGGUCCGCGACUUGACUGGUCAUUGGGUGCAUUCUUCCUAACUGACCAGGCAUCGGUGUUGCAUUUUCGCUCAAAUGCCUCAAUUUACUUCCACCCGCCAUUCGCAGUCGUUCGAUCGUCCUUCCCGAAGGUUUUGGAAAAUGGAUAUUAGGUUUGUUUAUGGCGCAACACCUGCCAGCCCAUAUCCACGCUUGCAGCCUGACCCUAUAAUGCGAAAUGAUGGCAUACAUGCUGCCGUAGCCCUUACUGCAGCUGCGCCGCCAGUUGCGGUGUACCUUCAUGUACAGUUACGUCAAGCGCCAUGGCCUGAGACUCUUGCUGUGGGUACUGGUUCUACUGGCGACCCACUCCAUGUAAGCUGCGUAGAUAUCGCUCAAUGCACGCGCCUACAAUCGGAACGAUGGUGCAUCGGUUGUUACAUUCGACAUGUGAAAGGCAGCGAUAAGGACCCCACCUAUAGUAUCGCAGACGUGUUUCGUUUCUGUCGAGAGGCUAAGACGGAUUGGCAUGUCUGCCGAGAUAGCCUACGUUUGAGGCUCAAGUUGCCUCAUCUAGCUUCCGAUACUUGGCGAGAACUGUCGGCCGGCUUGUUCUCGCCGGAAACGAGGAGCUGUCGAUCGGAGGUGGUGGUAAGCUUCAACAGGGACUCAUCACCAAGGCCUGCCCUGAGUCCCUGAGGCUGUUCAUUUGCGGGCGCCUCCAGCCGAUUCGAAUAGCCAUCCUAAGGCGCCGAAGCGAUAUGCGAGCUAAUCAUAAAUGACAUCACUAGCGCAGAUGGCCUCAAAACUCUGCAA